CGCCACAUUCAACUUAUUGUUACAGAGCUGCUGCAUCUGUGAUAGAAUAAUAAUACGAAUAAUAAUAAUAAUAAGAAGAAGAAGAAGAAGAAAAGGAAGAAGAAGAAUAACAACAACAAAAACCACCACAACAACAACAACAACAAAGAUAGUACCUUUGUUUUUUUUAUUAUCGGCAUCUUUUUAAAUACAGCCUCUUUGAAUAAAAAUGGACUGUGUGGAUUUUCCGACAAUUCUUCCAAAUUCCCCGAGGAAAGCCCGGGGACAAAUUCAGGUCAUCUUUGGACCGAUGUUUUCAGGCAAAAGCACUGAACUGAUGAGAAGAGUGCGCCGCUUCCAGAUAGCCCAGUAUAACUGCCUGGUGAUUAAAUAUGUCAAAGACGCACGUUAUUCUGAGACAGGCAUGGCUACACAUGACAGGUACACAAUGGAUGCUGUACCAGCCAACUCUCUGGGAGAGGUGAGGUCUCUGGCACUGAAAGCCUGCGUCAUUGGAAUUGACGAAGGACAGUUUUUUCCAGACACGGUGCAGUUUUGUGAGGAGAUGGCCAAUCUAGGAAAGACAAUCAUUGUAGCUGCCCUGGAUGGAACCUUCCAGAGAAAGCCAUUUGGAAACAUCCUGAACCUCGUUCCUCUAGCAGAGAGCGUGGUGAAGCUCAACGCCGUCUGCAUGCAGUGUUACAAAGAAGCUGCCUACACCAAGAGGAUAGGUGAAGAGAAGGAGGUGGAAGUGAUCGGUGGAGCUGAAAAGUAUCAGGCGGUGUGUAGAAAGUGUUAUGGGGGUCUGGUGGGGGACAAAGAGAACAGCGCUCCCAUCAGGGAUGAAACUCCACCACAGAUCCUCGCAGGAAAAGUCAUGGACUGUGGAGUUCCCAGAAAGCUUUUCUCCACACUCCACUUGUGAUUGCGAGAAUAAGGCAUGUAGCAGAAGUUCAGCGGAGGGUUGAGAAAUUCAACAAUCAAUUUGUGUGUGGGGGUGGGGGGGGGAUCCAUCGUUGGGCCAGAAAUUUAGGUCCCCAUGGGUCCAGGCUGCUUUUUGAGGGGUUUGUGGGGUUCAGGUUACAUUUAAGUUUAGGUUAGGGUAAGGGGUGGGGUUAGGUGUUUAGUUGUGAUGGUUAUGGUUAAAUUAUGUAAUUAAGUAUUUUAUGCCAUCAUAUGAAUUUAAGAUAUGUUUUAUAUAAAGAUUGACUCGUGUUUCACUAUGUAUGGAAGGUCAAGAGUGGUAAUAGGUAAACGUUCUGGUUUCAAAACAGGAUCUUAUUCGGCUAUUUCUCCAAAGAGUUUCAUAGAGAUGCUUGGGAAAUGCUCCUUUCCUAAAAUUUUACGAAUGUAAAUGUAUUCAACUUGUUGAUAUAACUGCUCUAUGUAAUCCAGUCCCCUCACAUACAACCAAGGAUCAAAAUAACCUGCUUAAAUCCUGGCAGGCUCAAUGUUGUGUAGCGAUCGCACAGGCUUGAAUGGAAAAGUGUAUGUAUGUAUGUAUGUAUGUAUGUAUUUAUAAAAUGUGUAUUACUGCAGUACAUGAAUGAAACAAUGUCCUCAAUAAGACAGAAAAUCCUGUGAAUGAUUUUAUUUUAUAAACAGAAGGUUUAGAGUAAAUCUCUUUUGUGCUUUUGACACCAUGACAUGAAAUAAUGCCAAAGGCUGAAAACAAAUGGGCAUGUGGCAACUUCACAAGUUCAAUGAUUGGAAAAAAAAAAAAAAA